GUUGGCCUCUGAACAUCUCAUCACUUGCAGCUUCACAAGCAAAUCAAAACACAGCGAAGUAGCAAACUGAAAGUCUCAGCUCUCUAGCAGUCUAGCUUCCAUCCUGAAAGAAAGAAGGAAAAAAAAAAAGGCAACAACCAACCAUGAUCAUCAGCGCCAAGAGGAUUGCUCAUGUGGCCAAGAAUUGGCAGAGGAUGGCUGCACAAGGGAGGAAGCGCCUCACCUGGGCCGCGGCAGCAAAGGAAGCCGACGAGUGCUGCAGCUCCGUGGCGAGCAAGGGCCACUGCACGGUGUACACGGCCGACGGCGCGCGGUUCGAGGUGCCGCUGGCGUGCCUUGGCACCGCGGUCUUCGGGGAGCUCCUGCAAAUGUCACGGGAAGAGUUCGGCUUCACGUGCGGCGAUGGCAGGAUCACGCUCCCCUGCGACGCGGCGGUGAUGGAGUACGCCAUGUGUUUGCUCAGGAGAGGCGCCUCUGCCGAGCUAGAGCGGGCUUUGCUUAGCACCAUGGCGAUGGCGUGCCACUAUUCCAGCCGUGUGGCGCCGUGUGUAGAAGCCAGCCAGCAGAUUGCUGUUUAAUGCUGUUCAGUGUAGUUUUUAGGUAGUACCGUAGUACUAGUAGAGCAAAGAUAUUAAAUAGAUAAGUAUUAUUCAGAGCCUUUUGAUCCUGCAAGGCUGCAACUGAUCAAGUAAGGUGUUAGAAGUACAAGAAGUUAGAGAGACUACUUACAUAUGUUUCCAUGGA